GGCUGCCACCGCACCCCGCCUCCGCUCGGCCUGGCCCGGGCGCAGGGCCGCUGGCGGGCGGGGAGCAGCGCGGGGCGCGCCAUGGCGCUGGGCUCGGCCUGGAAGCAGAUGUCGUGGCUGUACUACCAGUACCUGCUGGUCACCGCGCUCUACAUGCUGGAGCCCUGGGAGCGCACCGUCUUCAAUUCCAUGCUAGUUUCCAUUGUUGGAAUGGCACUGUACACAGGCUAUGUGUUCAUGCCUCAGCAUAUCAUGGCAAUAUUGCACUACUUUGAAAUUGUGCAGUGAUGAAGAACGUAUUUUCAAGAAGUAAUCGGGCUCUGAAAUCCAGUCUACAAAGAAGAAUGAACCUCUUAGUUUUAACAAGACUUCUACCGAUGUCAGAAAGACACAAUUACGACUGUGAAGACUAGGAGGCUAGAUGUGUGGAGCAGGGACGUGAGAUGUCCCCUAUGUUGUGUUCAUUCCUUUUAAUUUUACAAGAUUCACCCUUGUAUAGUAGUUUUGUCUACUUUAACAUUGUGAUUGUACUUUGAUAUCAGUAUUUUCUUAACUUUGUGACAGUUUCAAUAUUGCACUGUGAAAGCUUUUCUUAAUUGUAAUUUUGAGUAAAUCUUAAUUGCCUUCUAUUUUUAAUCGGAAAGUCAUCUUAUUAAAUGGGGCUUAAAGCUUUUGCUAUUGUAUGGUA